CAGAUCCUCAAAGACACUACUUCAUUCUUUUCUCAGUCAACUCCCAACCUUGCUAUGGUCAUUCUGGCCAUGGCCUUGAUUGAUGAUAAGCUUACUGCUGACUCCAAGAACUACAAAUAUCAACCCUCAAUUUGCAGUGCUGUUGGACUUGCAAAAAAAACCUUGACCCAGUAC